UUAGUACACGUAUACAAGUACAUGAUUCCAAAAAUAAAAUCAGCAUUUUAGCUACAUAUGUUAUCUCAAAUAAUAACGGCACGAUACCGAUGCGUUUACGAUCUAAAACAGAGAAUUAAAAAAACACCUUAAAACCCUUCCCUAUACGUCAUUCAAACACACCGGCCAAUCUGAACUAUCCUCGCGUUUUAAAUGCCCUUGGCCGUUCCCCCGACGUGUUGCCAGGUUGGUGUACAAAAAAGUGGGCGGAAUUAAACUGUGACUUGUCUUCAGAAGUCGCUCCAACCUGGCAACCUGAAUAGUGGGCAGCGGCGGUUAGUGAACGUUGACGGCGUUGGACGCGGAUCGGCUCGGCUUAUUCUGUGUUAAAAUGCCGCGGUGUUCUGUUUAACCCACCGCCAGCUGAACACAGGGUGUUUUAUUUCUUCUCAUGCGACGCUGUUUAGUCUGCGGCCGAUUAAGAAGAGACGAAUUCCCGGAAUGGGAACAGAGGAGCGGGAUUGGGUUGAUGUGGCCAAUGAUCUCCUGUGUAAGUGUCACAUUAACUUGAGGCUGCAAAGACUCACUGACUGUGAUGCUAAUGUUUUUGUGGCCCUGUACGAAGCCUUACUGGGAGAAAAAGUACCAGAUUAUAUAGCUAUCCCGAAAAGUCAGGAGGAUGACAUCCACAAUGUACAAUCCGUGAUCGAUUCUCUGGCCUUGGACUAUCUCCAGAUCAGCUUAUCUCACAUUACAGGUGAGAACAUUGUAAGGGGAGAUAAGGAUAGCAUCCGAAACCUUCUGGAGAUCUUUGAUGGACUGCUGGAAUAUCUCACCGAGCAGCUCAGUGAGGAGGAGGAGCUCCAAAAUGGAGAACUUAAUGGUACGAUCCAUCCUCCAAAAGCACAGGAGCCAGCUAAAGAGGAGAGCAUGUCUCAGACCUCCAGCAUACACUCAGCCAUCCAGUCCAGCAAGCAUUCCCUCCAUUCCUGGAACGGUGGCGAGUCUGAGUCCACGGCUGAGCUUAUCCGAUUGGGUGACUCCGCCCGAACCUUCACCAUGAAACAUGAAGAUUCCCACACCCUGCCCUCAGGGGUUAUUUCUGAAAAUGCAGCUUUUCCACCAGGUAAACACAAUCCAGCCACAGUACAAGCCACUCUGCUACGAGAGCCACUGCGCUCAGCUGUCGCCCUGCAGCCGCCCAGCCAGACCACCCCCCAGCGACCAGUGGGACCAGCAACCCCACCCACUGAUAAUCAUAUUCCUCAUACAGACCAGGAUGCUACUGUUAGACAGAAUGGUGUUACUCCCAGACUACAGCCUGAUGUUCAGGUUAAUGGGACUCUGCAUCGUUCACUGUCCAGCGCUUCUUCUGACAGUGAAGGGUCUGUGCCGAGUCUCAGAGAACCACAGUCACAGGCUCCAAAAGCACAAGUUGAGGCUGGUGCUGAAGCUUCACGGAGGGUUUUGUUUCGAACCCAACCGGAUGUCUUGCUGCUGACCCUCUCAGAUGAACAGAGCCAGAGAGAGGAGGCACAUGCACUCUGUCCGGAGGAACAGGAGAGUGAGGAAGAGCAGCCUCAUAGCUCAGGCUCGUCCUCUGGGAGACUGAGGAACUCCAGAGGCCGAAGAUGGAGAGCAGGGCUGACUGAUGUAGAUGAACCGUUGUCCAGACGUAGUCAAAGAAAUAAGCAGGCUGAACAGGAGCUUCAGGAAAUGUCAGAGAAACUUUCCCGCCGCCUGGAAGAGCUUGACUUGAUGCUGAAGAGAGCUCUGGGAGAGACGGGUGAGGAGCCUAAGCCCCAGGACGAGGAUAAACACUCUCACCACAGUGACAGUGUUAUGGAGUGCAGACGUAACGCCAAACCCACAGAUCUGGCCAGUGCAGACAGACCUCCUCGCCCACGCUCCCUCUCCCCAUCUCCUCCACCUGCACGCCGAUCCCUCCAGAGCCAGCUGGAACGGACUCUGUUCACAGACUCACGGCCACAGACAUCCCGAAGCCGACACGGACCAUACAGGGACCACAAGGAUCAGCACAGGAAAAGUCAGAUGGUGGCAGAAGCAUAUGAGGCAGAGUUAAAACAUUUGGAUGAACAACAGAGGGCAGAACUGGCCAAAGAAAGAAUUCGAGCUCAGGAUGCUGAGCGAGAAUACAGGGAGGCCAUCUGUAAAGAAGUUACUCGUGUUCGGAAGUCGUCACAGAGCUCAAAAUCUAAAUCAGUGCUCUCGAACAGGACGUCCCAUACAAGACCUGCUUCUACUAGCCGACGACAGUCCCAUCCCCGCAAAGCGGCACCCUUACGGGUGAAGGAGAACGAUUUGUUACCAGCUCUGUUGGAAGACUACCCACCUCUGCCCUUCUCCUCUCACACACUCUCAUCCAUGUGGAAACAGCAGCUCCGGCAGAUUGACCAGCUGAACCCUGUGGACAACCAGCGCAGAAAUGCACGCUCUGCCAAACUUACCAACCAGGUAGAAGAAGCUCACAAGAGACAUGACCUGCUAACUGAGAUCAUCCGCAAAGAACAGGAGCACAACCGCCGCCUGAAGGAUUUCAGAGAGCGCAUCCAGCAGCAGAGGUCUACGCAGAAUAAGCUGCGUGAGCAGAGGCAGCAGGUGGCACGUGCCCGCAAAUAUCACAGCGAUUACCACGUUCAGCUCCGCGCUCAUCUGCUCAGGGCUCGCACACGUGAGGAGAGGAUGUUCCGGCAGGUGUUUGAGGAGGGUCUGGAGCUGCAGAAGGCCCGUUUGAGAGAGCAGCGUGCGUAUGCUAAAGAACAGCGACAGGAGCACCAGCGAAAGCACAAGGAUGAGAUUGAAGCCAUGGAGAACUACUAUAGGGACCAGUUUUCAAUGCUAGCUGAAAGACUCUCUCUGGAACGGCAAGAGAUACAAGUCCGGAAGAAGGCCCAGGAAAAGGCUUUGUAUAAGAUGAAACGGGAGCUGAGGAACAAGAUGGAGCGAGAGAUUAGCGAGCUGCAGCAGAUCAUUGUCCAAAAUGAUGAUGAUGACUAUUUCCGGGAUCUAGAGUUGGAGCGGCUGCGUAAACGUGUGCAAAUGGCCUCUUUCCAGUACAGGUCCGGCUAUACGCACUGAUCACGGACCAGUGGACAAAACUCAUCAUGCAGGACUGCCCUGCAACCAGUCUCAACCUGCUCACUCAUUCAGCUUUUAUUAAGUGUAUUUAGUGUACACAUUUUUUGACCCUGAACUUUGGGUCAAACUUCAAUUGGUAAAGAUGUUUAAUUUUUUUAAUUAGAUUUUUUUUUUAAACUGGAGAUGAGCACAUUUAUUGACAACAAUUUGUCCUAUGAUCACAAUCUCAGUAAUUGUGAGAAUCUGAGACUAUCCCUGACUGUCCUGAGAGAUCUCACUAAGUGUAACUAGUUUGAUCAUUGCAUAGUUUGUCCUAGGGCCCCCAAUGACUCUGAUUGACUGUCAUGAGACCACACUGACUGUGACCUGGGUCUGAUCGUCGCAUUGUUCUAGGCCCUUCCUUUGACUGUGAUUGGUCCUAAUCACCACAUCAUUAAUCUGAUACUCCCCCUGACUGUGAUUGGUCCUGAUCAUUACAUCCAUUGAUCUCAGACUUCCCCUUGACUGUGACGAUUCUGUCACAUCCCCUUGAUGUAGUAUUGUUAUCUGUACUCUGGUUCAUUUUAAAGGUAGCAAAAUAUCACACCAUGUCAGAUAUUCUACAUAAAUCAUAUCCACUGGAGUAUAAGCUUGUAUUACUUGUUAGCUACAUUAGCUAAAGACUAAACAAAAAAAAAUGUUUGGCACCAAAUAUGCUGAACACACUAAGGUUUUCAGUGUUUGUCAGACGGGAAAUAACAUGGACUGUUGCAUGAGGUCAUUUCUGUAUAUUGUGCUCAGUACAGAACCUGAGGCUGAUGAACAGGCCAUAUGGGUCCAAUACACACAAACACAACUUUCAUACUGUUUCAGUAAUCCCUCUCAUUCUGUUAAAGCAAUAUAAACUAAACCCACAGUCUAUUAGUGUUUUUAAAUGCAAGCAUUUUACAGAAGAACACCCUCUGUAGCUGAAUUUGUCAGGGUGAAGUAUUUUAUUAAUUUACAUGUUCAGAAUAAUCUGUCCAGUUUUAGGAACCGAAGUCUGAUUAAAAAUCAGGCAAAAAACUGUUACAACCAACACUGUAGCCAUGCAACUGUUUGAGAGACAGGAGUACGGCCUGGACUGGCUUUAGGUCAGCACAUGGAGUCCUAGGUAUGAUGAGUAAACACACACACACACACACCCACACCCUUUUGCUGCUAACAAACAGUCUUCCUCCAUUACUAAACUGCUGAUGGAAAUGUUUUGAAUCAACCGUUUUUUUUUUUUCUUGUUUUUUUUUUUUUGUACUUUUUCCUUUUUAGAUUGUUUCUGUAAAAAAAAAAAAAGUGCACCUUUCCACCACUGAGUGGACUACUGGGUAACACCUCAAUGUUAAUAAUAAUAAUGAUCCGCAAGCCUUUUAUGAUUAUUUUAAACUUGUAAUUGUUGGACUGGUCUUCCUUCAUGUGUGAACACUGUUCGAUUGAUGUCAUAAUUAAAUUAUUUAUUCAACACCAAA